GAGUUCGGCAUUCCGGAGCUAGCUUCACAGGAGACCUGCUGAGCAGAAACUUCGUUUAUUUAUUUCCGUUUUGUUUGCUUGCUUGUUGGCGAAUUAUUAUACUGACCGUCGAUGCAGCAACAUGCAGCGUUUUGACAUAUUUACGUUAGUGCGGUGCUAGUUUUUUCACUGGGCAAAGGAAAAACAAACUAAAAAGAAUUCACCGGGCAAAAUGUGAGGAACCAGCCUGUUUUCUAAGUACUACACUCACUACACAUUAAAUGGAAUACCUGCAGGAAGCGGUACUGCUAGGCAUCGAUCUCUUAGUGCUGGUGGUGUGUAGCAAUCAAUACUACAAGCUCAGGAAAAAUUGUCGUGCGCUGAAGGAUGCACCACAACUCCCCAUCGAUGACCAGCUGUCCGACCGGCUACGCAAUGAACCGGACCAGAAGCUCAAAUAUGCUGUUAUUCGGGGCAGCGUCACACCUAUCGGGACCGCACUGCGGAGUGCAAUGUCGCCAUCGGUUACCGGGGUGCUUCAGACGAUGACCUUAACCGAGCAUCGUGUGGCACGCGCCAUGUUUGGCUUUUGGCAAGAGGAAAAACAAAUCAUACACGUAUCGGCGAACGAAACACCGUUCAAGCUGGUAAAUGGCAAGCAGGGAGUGGAAAUCAUAAGCGGCCUGUCGGCCGAACUGCUCGACAUGGACACGGUGUACGAAAACUAUGAACCAUCCUCCCUAACCGUGUUUGACCACCUGUUCGGGCUGUUUUCGGGCGUGCGGCAGAAAGGCUUACAAACCACGGAAGAGAUGCUGCGCGACGGCAGCUUCAUCACGGCCGUCGGUGAGCUCGAGCUGGACGAUACCGGUGUCCGGCUGCAUCCACCCUCGAACGGCUCGCCCAUGUUUCUUACCACUGCCACCAAAAGCACCCUGCUGAAGCGGCUCGAGGAGGCCAAGUCUUCCACCCUGCUGAAGGUGAUCCUGAGCGGUACGAUAUCGGCCGUGCUGAUCGGGCUGAUUGCGCGAAAGAUUUACAAGCGCAAAAAGCAGGAAUGGGACGAGGAAAAGCUACGCAAGCAGCUAGAACAAUCGCGCGCUACCCGCCGGGCACGGAUGCGAUCGGCCGUUACGAGCGAGGAUCAGCUGUGCGUCGUUUGCAUCGUGAACCCGAAGGAAGUGAUCUGUCUGCCGUGCGGUCACGUGUGCUUGUGUGAAAAUUGUGCGCAAAAAAUCAGCCUCCACUGUCCGGUGUGCCGAGCGGUCAUUGAAACCAAAGCGGCGGCUUUUAUUUCGUAAAUGUAUGGUUUUAACUGUAGUUACCUCCACCCGGUACGUUUUCUCUUUUAAGCAGCUGAGCGGUGAUUGCUUAAUUUAUGGUAGAUUAAGCGUUAAGCAAGUUAAGAAUAUAAUCGGAACAACAGUUGGGCUCAAAUGUAA